AUGCGCCAACAACCGUCUCUAGCUGCCGACUUGACAGUGUGUAGACACAGGCUAACAAGGGACAAGUUUGAGAUGCAAAUGCGCCAGAUACGGGGCGCUCUGGGGAGAUGGGAUGGCGUUCCGUGGCGAAGCGGCCUGCACAACUUUAUUUUGUGGCCUUGGCUGGACUUGAUUCUCGGCGCCGACUUGGCUUUUGCAUUUGAUUGCGUCAGGGGCGACAGAUCGGCAACGUCGACCUUAUCUGGACGGCUGGCAGCAGCCGUGUAG